AGCUCGAGUUGUUGAUUCUACUCGCCAUAAGAAGCCGCUGGUGGUGGGGAUGAUUUACGGUUAAUUUAAGUUGAAAUCGUAACAACUUUUCUUUGCUGUUGAAAUACAAUCAUGGCCAAAAUUUUGAUUUUCGUCACUGCGUUUUGCGGUAUACUGUUCCAAUCCGUGUCGCCAAUGACCGUCCAAAGUGGAAGUUUCGUUAUCAAUCGAGCUGAUAACACGUACCUGUAUUCACGCCGGGAUGGGGUUACUUGUGGGGCACUCAGUACAGUGAUAACAACGCCGUUCAUCGACAUUAGCCCCGUCAGUCACUGGACACUCUUUAGUGGAGGUAUGCUAGUGAACAUGGGUGAAGAACGGAAUGAAGUAUCUCUCCAGGCGGGAGGAUGUUUCAGCGUUGCUCACGAGUAUGAAACGCCAUCUACCGGAAAUGGGUUCUUUUUGCUGAAAAGUAAAAGUCGAGGACAAUGCGUGACCAACAGCGGGGCGGGUAACCGAGUUGGGUGGAGUACGUGCAAUUCUCAAGCUGCGAAUCAACAAUGGAAAUUGCAAGUGGUUCCUUGAUUCGCAACUUUACAUAUGUAGUUAGUUCAUAUUAACAAGCUAAAUAAAUGAAAUUGGUAUGAAAGUUAAGAAUUUUGUGAGUGCUAUUAGUGUUCUAUUAUCUAUUCAAAUUUGCUGCUUAAUUAUUUAUUCAAAAAUAUUACUAUAUAAAUAUAUACUUGCCAGUGCCACGGAUUAAAAAUCAUAAUCAUAAUAAAAUUUGACAUUGGAAUUGGAGCUUUUAAUUAUUUGGAACAUCUAUGUAAAUACGUAUUCCUAAUUAAAAAUAACCAAAAAAG